GGUCGUCACGUGACAUUCCCAGUGCGUCCUGCAGCCAGUUUGUCCUCAACACACACGAAAAGAAGAAGAAGAGGAAGAGUUUGUGAUUAUGGCACUGCGGGACGAACUUUUAAAGUCUAUAUGGCACGCCUUCACAGCUCUGGAUGUGGACAAAAGCGGAAAAGUUUCUAAAUCUCAGCUGAAGGUGCUGUCACACAGUUUAUGUACAGUGAUGAAGAUUCCACAUGACCCCGUGGCACUGGAGGAGCACUUUAAAGAUGAUGAUGAGGGUCCAGUGUCCAAUCAGGGCUACAUGCCUUACCUGAACAAGUUCAUCCUGGAUAAGGUGACAGAAGACUUUGAUCGUCAGGACUUCAACAGAAUGUGCUGGACGCUUUGCUCCAGGAAGAAUCUGGAGCAAAGUCAGCUGCUCAUCUCUAACGAUGAUGCCUUCAAGGUCUGGUGCAUCUUCAACUUCCUGUCUGAGGAUCGAUACCCACUGGUCAUUGUCACUGAGGAGAUUGAAUACUUUUUCCGCAAGCUGACAGAGGCCAUGGGGGGCAGCUGGGUGGAGGAGAGAUUUGAGGACUACAAGCUCAAACUGAAUGCCAGCCAGCAGUGUCUGUCAGUCUGGGAACUCAUCACCCUGGUGGGGUCCGGCCACUUCAGCAAGGGCAUUGAUCGGCAGACCCUCUCAAUGGGCAUCCACGAGGUCUACCAGGAGCUCAUUCUGGACGUGCUCAAGCAGGGCUACAUGAUGAAGAAGGGUCACAAGAGGAAGAACUGGACGGAGCGUUGGUUCCUGCUGAAGCCAACCUCCAUCUCCUACUACGUCAGUGAGGACCUGGCUGAACAGAAAGGAGAAAUCCUGUUGGAUGGAAACUGCACUGUGGAGCCUUUAGUGGAUAAAGAGGGAAAGAAGUGCCUCUUCCUGAUCAAGGUGGCAAUGAAAAGCUUUGAAAUCAGCGCAUCAGACAAGAAGAAGAAACAGGAGUGGCUCCAGGCCAUUCAGACAUGCGUCACCCUGUUGCGGCUUGGCCGGCCGGCACCGCACCGUGAGGCCCGGCAGAAACGGAGGGACCAGCGACUGAAGCAGCAGGCUGAGCAGGAAGAGCUGGAGCUGAGGAUGAGGGAGCUACAGUCAGCAAAUGAGACCAAACAACUUGAACUGGAGACGAUGAGGAAGGCCCUUGAUGAAGCGGCGAGUAACGCAGCAGAAGAAGAGCGAAGGCGUCUUCAGACCCAAACAGAGCUCCAGGACCGUUACAGGAUGGACCUGGAGAGAGAGAAAAUGGUUCGACAACAGAUGGAGGAGCAGGUGGCCCAGAAGUCUACUGAGCUGGAGCAGUACUUGCAGCGGGUCCGGGAGCUGGAGGUCAUGUACCAUCAGCUAGAAGAUGCUCUGGAGGAUGAGAGGCGUGCCCGACAAGAUGAGGAAGCUGUGCGCAAGCUGCAAGCACGGUUACUGGAGGAGGAGGCUACGAAGAGGGCGGAGCUUGAACAGAUCCACCUGCGGCAGCAGCGGGCUAUUUCAGAGACCGAGGCUGAGAAGCAGGAGCUGGAGAAGGAGCGCGUGGCCAAAGAGAACGCCCUACAGGCUGCCAUGGUACAGCUGGAGCAGCUGCAGCGUGAGAGGCAGGGGGCGCUAGAGCAGUAUCAGACUGUGAUGAAGAAGCUGGAAGAUGCAGCCAAUAACACCAAGAGCUGGAAGCACAAAGUUGCUGAACAUGAGGGUUUGUUACGACUCAUUCAGCCAGGUUCAAAAGGGCAGCAGCUGAUCACCAACUGGGGACCAGCAGCGUUUUCUGAAGCAGAGCUGGACCUGAGGAUGAAGAAAUGGCGUGAGGCGAAGAACCAGUCGACCCAGUCCCACUGAACCUAAAACUCAGAAGAUGGAGCACAAGCUGGUUUUACAGUGGAAUCCAAAUGUCAGAUUUAACACACAAGUGAAGCAUGCCAGAUCAGUUUGAAAUGAUUCAUUUACCACCUUUUAUAAUUUUAUCAUUCUCUGUGGGAUUCAUCUGGCAAAAAGCUUCCUGAACUCAUAACAGAGCAAAAUAAAUAAAUUAAAAAAUCUGUUAAAGUUUAAACAAGAAUGUGAGAAUUAAACUUAAAAACAAACAAAAAAAAACUUUAUUCUAUUAAUUAACAAUGUUAUUCUGUAAGUAAUAUGUCAGGGAAAUUGCCCAAACUUUCAUUCCAGCUUCAUAAAUGUGAACAUUUGUAUUUUUUGAUGUUUCAUGUAGUGUAUAUUGAACAUUCAGUGUUUGGGAACAACUCAUUUAUAAAAAUUACUGGAAACGAUAAUAUGAAUUAUUUUAAUAGACAUUUUAUAACCUAAAUGAUAAAUAAAUGAGCAUGAAAUCAU